AUGGCAUCGAUACAUCACCGAAGCGACAGCCAGGUCAUGGCAUCUCUUUACUUAUACGACCCCUCAAUGGCUGCCGCUUGCGUCUUCAUCGUCCUAUUCUCUUCAACUUUUGCCGCUCACGCAAUUCUUCUUAACAAGAAACGAACUCGCUUCUUCAUUCCAUUCAUCGUCGGCAUUAUCUGCGAAAUCCUUGGUUAUGUUGCGCGUGCCAUAUCGGCAGCCCAAACCCCGAACUGGCAGGUGAUGCCCUACGCACUACAAUCCCUCAUGCUGCUCAUCGCCCCGUCGUUGCUAGCAGCAUCUAUCUACGGCAUGCUAGGUCGCCUCAUUAUUCUAUCAAACAGCCAAGACUACAGCCCGGUCAAGCCGGCGAUUCUCACGAAGGUUUUCAUCACGAGCGAUGUCCUCUCCUUUCUGGUACAGAGCGGAGGUGGGGGUAUUCUCACCAAUGCCAAGUCGCCGAGCAAGAUUCAACUGGGAGAAAACGUGAUCAUUGUUGGUCUUUUCAUUCAGCUCAUUGGCUUUGCUCUUUUCAUUGCCGUCACAGCAGUCUUCCAUUGGCGUAUUUCUCAAAAGAGAGGUCAGAGUUUGACACACGCCGCCUCAUGGGAGAAGUUUCUUUGGAUCUUAUACGGCGUCAGUGUACUGGUCUUAAUUCGUUCACUUUUCCGCGUCAUUGAGUACAUCCAAGGCUAUAAUGGAUAG